CCUUUUUGCAAUUUUAAUAGACAAGAUAACAAUCUAAACAUUCAACCAUUUCUUUUUCUUGUAAACAAAAAUGGAUAAGCAUUUAGUUCGUGAAAAAAAGAAACGUGCACCAAGUGAAUUGAAAUGGUGUUUGGAAAACACUGACAAUUUUGAUCAUAUCUCGUUUUUUAAUGCCCAUAUGCAGAAUACUAAAUCUCAGCUGAUACGUCGAUUUAACAUUAUCGUAAACAAUUGGAUUGUCGAUGUCAACAAGAAAACAAGACUACAAAAUAAUUUUAACAGCUGGAACUUGACAGAAAGUAAAAAAUUCUGGAAAGAAUGGGAAGUAAGACGAGAUCUACAGCCUUCACCAGAAGCGGAAACCUCUGAUCAAACCAUCCAGACAUCAACAGUUGUCUCUUCGUUAUCCAAUGCCACUAACGAGUUAAUAAUCAACCAUCUCCCAAUCUACUUCAGUGCCCCAUGUUGUGAUAGUUAUGUUGUGAGUGAUUUUAACGUGAAUUUGGGAUUCUACAACUUUCAGCUUGCUGUAAAAGAAGCGAUUGUUAAUAAGAGACUCUUAACUUUUGAGAGCAAUAUUGCUCAUAUACUAGCAGUUUCAGCGAUUCUGCUGUUGCAUCAACAAACAAAUGAUUCUGAGCUGGACAGGUAUUUAAAUGGUUUGUCUACAGUGAUAAUCAAAGAUCUGAAAUCAAAAUUAGGUUGGAAAGCGGCCAAGUUUCCUCGUGAACUCGUUGUAAUUCUUCUUGAUAUUCACCAUGAUCUGACGUCUGAUAAGUGCACAAAAGAAGUUGCUGUAACCAAGAUAUCCAAUCUAUCGUUGAACUACGAUCCUGUAGUGAGACAGUGUCUUGGCGUUAUCAUGCGCUUGUUGCAAACAUUGCCACAAAUCUCGAAUAUGCUUGAAGUCCUUGAACGCCGUCUUUGCUCACGGUAUCUCCAGCCUAUUCUACAGAGCCUAUUCGAUCAAAGGGUUUCGAAUGGUGAAAUCCUUUUUGAUUUCACUGACGAGCUUCUUGAGAAAGACACUGAUACUACCAGUUUAAACAAUCGUCGGCCGGAUGGAACUAUCACUUGGGUUGCUGGUAACAGUCAAAGGCAUCUAGGGUAUAUAGAAGUCAAGCCUUUGAGUGCAGCAGGUAGCCACUACCUUGUGAAUGCCGAUCUUGUACGUCUUGGCGUAUUCGCCAAAAAAACAAUUGACAGCAACCAGUGUAAAAACUUGUUGGUCAUACAAGCGGUGGGAAUGAUGCUGACAUUCUAUAUGGUACAGCGAACAACAGAAGAAUUAUAUACGAUGGUUGAGCUUGAUCGUAUACGCUUCCCAUCUUCAAUCGACGAAAUGACUAUGAUCUUUGGCGCGAUGGACAAAAUCAUGGACAUUAUUUCAAUAUUUAGAACGUGUUGUAUCGACAACCAACCCUGUUCAACCGAAAUGCAUAAGAAAACUUUGAGCUCCCCAAUAUUGCGAGCAAUAACGACUGAUAACGUAAAUCGGAAACGAAAAAACCCUUAUCAGCAGAGCUAUUAUUAAGGCUAUCAC